AGUAACUUCUACUAUUACAGCAAUUUGUUUUGCCCGCCAGUAGUAUUUCACUAUUCACCAUGUUAAGUCAUCGGAAAAUUCACCCUCUCCGCCGCAUCACCGCCGCGGCCCACCCGUUCUCCGCCUUGACCUCCAACGACGACGACCACAUCUCCACCAUAAAAUCCAAAUCCGAACUCCUCCAGACAUACACAGUCACACCACCAAUCAAACCCUGGCCACGAAAGCUCACCCCCAAACGCCUCUGCUCCAUCAUCUCCCAACAGCAGAAUCUCGAUCUCGCCCUUCAAAUCUUCCAGCACGCCGGAAAUUACCACCCGAAUUUCCACCACACCUACGAAACCUACCACUCCAUCAUCCACAAGCUCUCCCGCCUGCGCGCCUUCGAGCCCAUACCCUCCCUCUUAAACGAGCUACGCGGAUCACAGAUCAAAUGCGGCGAAGACGUAUUCAUCACGCUGAUUAGGUAUUACGGCAUUGCCGGCAGGCCGAAGGAGGCGAUCCGAGUAUUCCUCCGAGUUAAUGAUUUUGGAGUGAAAAGGUCAGUUCGUUCAUUGAACACUUUAUUGAAUGCUUUGGUUCAGAAUAGGAAGUAUGAUACUGUCUACAUUAUGUUCAAAAAUUGCCAGAAAAGAUUCGAAAUCAUGCCCAAUAUGUUUACCUGCAAUAUACUGUUAAAAGCCCUAUGUAAAAAGGAUGAUGUAGAGGGUGCGCUCAAGGUGUUCGAUGAAAUGCCUAAGAUGGGAAUGGUGCCUAAUGUGGUUAGUUACACUACUAUUAUGUCGGGCUACGUGGACCGUGGUGAUAUGUUAGGAGCAAAGAGCAUGCUCGAUGAGCUUCUAGAUCGCGGUUGGUUGCCCGAUGCAACCACAUACACUGUUCUGAUGGAUGGAUUUUGUAAACUGGGGCAAUUUGUUGAUGCAACGAAGGUGAUGGAUGAGAUGGUGGAUAAUAGGGUUGAGCCGAAUGAUGUCACAUAUAAUGUCAUGAUAGAGGCAUUGUGCAAGGUGAAGAAGUCGGGGGAAGCAGUGAAUAUGAUCGGUGACAUGCUCGACAAUAACUAUAUGCCCAGCUCGUCUCUAUGUUGUAAGGUGAUCGAUGUCCUGUGCAGGGAAGGGAAGGCCGGUGAGGCUUGCAGCCUGUGGAAGCUAUUGCUGGUGAAGAACUGCACCCCGGAUAACGUGAUACUGAGCACGCUCGUGCAUUGGCUGUGCAAGGAAGGGAAGGUUUGGGAGGCGAGGAAGUUGUUUGAUGAGUUUGAGAAGGGCUCUAUACCUAGCCUUUUGACGUAUAACGUGCUUAUAGCGGGGAUGUGUGAGAGAGGGGAGCUGUGCGAGGCCGGGAGGUUGUGGGAUGACAUGGUGGGAAGGGGUUGCAAUCCGAAUUCUUUUACUUACAACCUGCUGAUAAAAGGGUUCUGCAAGAAAGGGUAUGCGAAGGAAGGGAUCAAGAUUUUUGAGGAGAUGAUGGAUAAAGGGUGCUCUCCAAAUGAAUCCACUUAUUCAAUCUUGAUUGAAGGGCUCUGUAGCUCUGGUUGUGAAGCAGAUGUGUUGAAUGUUGUUAGUGCUGCUGCCUCUAAUAAAGUGGCGAUGAAAUCUGAUUCUUGGAGAGUUUUAGUGAAUAAAUUUGUCCCUCAUCAUAGCAAUAUAAGCCACACUUUGGAAAACAUUUUAUUGGAAGAUGUGGCUGCUUAAGGUUUCCUUGCCCAUUAGUAGAGCAUCUAGCUCAAUUGGUAGACCGCGUGGUUUAUAACCACGGGGUCGUGGGUUCGAUACCCACAACAAGCGCCAUCGGACCUGUCCGGUUCGCCCGGUCCAGUAUUAAAAGGUUUCCUUGCCCAUUGAGUUUGGAUGAAUGCUUUGGAGGUCAGUGAUCAGGUUAUGCUCAUAAUGUUGAAGUAUGCUCAUAAUGUUGGAAGUGUGUAAGUCUUGAAUAGCUUCAAAAUCUCUGUGGCCAAAGCAAAUAGGGGAUAUCGCGCCUGUCAUUCUGAUAUUUUGUAUGGUUGUCAAUUUCUAGCGAACUAAUAUUAUUGUGACUAGCUAAAGUAGUAAAUUAAUGCCACCGCGACUACCUAAAGUUCGUAGACAUCCAACUAUGUUGUUUAAUACAUGGGGCGUUUAAAGCCGUUGAGACAUUUCUGAUGUUCACCUCAGUAUAAAUUCAUGUGUGAAAUCAUCAUCCGAUGAAAAUUUGUAUAUUUGUUGACAUGAUAUUUAAUUCAUGUGCAAAAUUUGCAGAAA